AUGGAGCGGAUACGCGUGAGCAAGGUGGAGGAUGUCUACCUCCUCCGUAGAGGCACGCGCUUCGACGGUACACUGCAUCUUAUGCCCCACCAUCUCGUCUUCAGCUACCUACCAAGCCCGCCCGCCGACGCUCCUGCAGACGCGAAACCACCGCGACAGAAGGAAGUAUGGAUAACCUAUCCCAUGAUCAACUAUUGUUCCCUUAAAUCGUGUCCGCCUAUCCUGCGCCAGGAACCCUCGAUCCGUAUACGAUGUCGCGACUUUACCUUCUUCGCCUUCUUCUUCCCGAAUGACAAGAAGGCGCGGGACGUUUACGAUAGUAUACGGGCGCUCUCAUGCAAGAUAGGCAGACUAGACAAGCUACUAGCCUUCAGCUACCAGCCAAAACCACCGGAAGACCAACAGAAUGGUUGGGAAAUCUACGACGCGCGCCGCGAAUGGAAGCGACUGGGUAUCAGCCCCAAGGACACAGAGAAGGGCUGGCGGAUUUCAGAGGUCAAUGUAGAGUACAAGUAUGCGCCGACGUAUCCCGCCCUCCUUGUCGUUCCCACCAAUGUCUCGGACAGCGUUCUCAGAUACGCAGGCGAAUACCGCUCGCGACAGCGGAUACCAGCCCUCGUUUACCGCCAUCCUAUCAACAACUGCUCCAUAACGCGAAGCUCACAGCCCACACCGGGCUUGCGUGGGAAUCGAAAUCCUCAAGAUGAACGGCUCGUCGCAGCCAUCUGGGCAACUAACCGUGGGUGGAAACCUGCAAAUACCUCAUCCUCCUCAAACUCUGCAGAGCUUACUCCUGAUACAAGCGUUGUGAACUUGAACGAAUCCAGUGCCAAUAGCUCUUUUGUGGGUGCAGUGGAAGACAAUGCGAACGCUGGAAGGACUACCGUAGACGAUUUGACAGCGUCUUCGGAGACAGACCCCGAUGCGCCAAAAGUAUAUGGAGCCCAGCAGCGAAAUCUCAUUGUCGAUGCCAGGCCUACAGUAAAUGCGUAUGCGAUGCAAGCCGUUGGACUUGGCUCGGAGAAGAUGGACUACUAUCCAGGGGCGGAGAAAGCAUACCUCGGAAUUGACAACAUUCACGUCAUGCGGAAGUCGCUUGAUACAGUCAUUGAAGCCUUGAAAGAGUCAGAUCUAGUGCCUUUCCCUCCCAACCGGCAGCUUCUGGCAAAGAGCAAUUGGAUCAAGCACAUCGCCAACAUAUUGGACGGAACUGCGCUAAUAGCCCGAACCGUCGGCAUCAUGCACUCGCAUGUUCUCAUCCACUGUUCCGACGGCUGGGAUCGUACGAGCCAGCUAAGUGCACUCAGUCAGAUCCUGCUAGAUCCAUAUUAUCGGACAUUAGAAGGCUUCAUCGUCCUUGUCGAGAAAGAUUGGCUAUCUUUUGGACACAUGUUCCGACAUCGUUCAGGUUUCUUGAGCCACGAGAAGUGGUUCACUAUAGAAAAUGAAAAGAUCGAGCGCAAACACGAUGGGACCGGAGGUAGUAACCCCUUUGAGAAUGCUCUUCGUGGUGCGCGGGGUCUCUUCAACCGCCACAACGAAUCGAACGAGUCUCUCAACCAGCUUCCGGAGACCAACGUGCCAGAAAACAUCACAGAUGUUGCCGAUACUCCUUCAUCAAAGCCCGCCCAAAUCGGAGCUGCAGAGGAGCACCGUGUUACCAAGGUGAACGAGCUGUCACCCGUGUUCCAUCAAUUCCUCGAUUGCGUAUACCAAUUACAUUACCAGCAUCCAACCCGGUUCGAGUUCAGCGAGCGCUUCCUGAGGCGCUUACUCUACCAUCUCUAUUCCUGUCAGUACGGAACGUUCCUCUUCGACAACGAGAAGGAGCGUGUAGAUACCAGGGCCAAGGAGCGGACAAGAAGCGUAUGGGACUAUUUCCUUUGCCGCAAGCAAGAGUUUAUGAACCCAAAGUACGAACCAGAGAUUGACGACGCUAUCCGCGGUAAGGAGCGCAUGAUAUUCCCUCGGAAAGGCGAGGCGAGAUGGUGGGCUGAAUGUUUUGGUCGUACCGAUGAGGAGAUGAACGUCUUUGGUCCUCAAGCACCGCCAAAUCUCACACCCCAGACCAGCAACGCGAGCACUGGAAGGAGUGGCACGAGCACUCCGAUAGUCCAGGAGCCUAUUGUCACGGGUACAGAGACCGCGGACGGAGCGACUGGAGCAGGUACGACUGUCAACCUUGCCCCUGCACACGCCGUCGGCGAUCGCUCCCCAAGGGUCUCCAAUACGCCAAAACCUCUUGAUGCCGCAGCUGCGCUAGGACAGGAUCUAAGGCAAGGAGUCAUGGCGAGCUUCGAGAAGCUAGGUAUCACUGGCAACGCGAACAGGGCACCGAGUCCAGCUGCGGCAAGCAGUAGGCCAAGUGAAGACGUCGCAAGAGAAGUCGUGAAGACAAGCUCGGAUCUGAGCGCCGACAUAGACAUGGGGCGAGAUGCCCAUGAUGUUACUCAGAAGAUCACUGAAGAGAAGCUGGAAAAGCCGAUAGAAGACAACAACAACAUGAGUUCCAAUGCGAGUACGGAAAAGUCCUCGGAGCUUGCGCCGACUCAGGGCGCCGACUUGGGAUUGGGAGCGGACAUUGUGGAGAAGAAAGCAGAGAACAGGAGUAGAAGUCGGAAACCCACUCAGGCGGCGGAGGUAAAGAAGGAAGUUGAGACGGAGAUGCAAUAA